AUUUAAAUAAACUCAUAUUAAUUUUAGUUUAGUAAAUGUCCUUAGCAUUUUUAUGGCAAAAAAUCUACAUAUAUAUGCUUUAAAGCAAAUAUAGUUUGUUCUAUUAGUUUUUCAUUCAAUGCAUUAGAAAAAACAGCUUCUAAUCAAGGUACUGAUAAUGCAUUGUUUUAAAAGGGUACAUAUUGAUUCAGAUAUUUCACCCUGGCAAUCCUCAGUAUCUUGUUUAAAUCAAGAUGUUUUGCAGUCUUUACAAGCAGUAAAAAAAACAUUAAAAGUAAAGAGCGAUAAUAAAACUGAAAAUUUGAAGUUUCGAAAAUGGCAUAUAAGAGGAAGAGAUUCUCAUGUACAAGAUACUGAGUUUAUAUUUCAUCAUUAUACAGAUACUAAUAAAUAUAUAGAAGAAUACAGGGAAACUAAGUUAAAAAAAAGAAAUCGUAGCAGUAACAGCUCACCUCUAAAUGCUCUUCAACAAUAUCCUGUAAAUAGAGAUGAAGAAACCAAAGUAUACUCUAAAGAAAUACAGUCUGAAAAGUCAUUAGAUACAAAAAGUUACAGUCUGCAAGUUUGUGCAUGUGAAAAAACAAGUCUUCGUGGUGCUCUCAGUGUUUCGUCCCCAAUAAGUGGAUACUUUGAUAAAUUAACUAAUAAAGAAUGUUCCAGAAAAUCUGACUUUAUUAGUUACAUUUCUCAAAAUACUAGAAAAUAUAACAGGCCAAAGUCUGAGGCAGCAUCUAGUUUACAUCAGAAAAAAUUGCCACUUACAUCACCAAAGUCUAAUAAAAGUUUUCUGCCAAGUCCUCCAAUCAUGCAACCUAAUACAUUUCAACCCGAUUUUUUUUUACAAUGUCGAAAUUUUAAAGGCAUGCUGGUCCGAAAUACUAACGAAGGUGAUCGAAAAUCAAAUUAUCACUUUACAAAAGUUGUACAUUGAAAGCCAACAAAUAAAAGUUACAUUAUUAUUUACCUGUUAAAUCUCAAUUAUAUUAAUGGUAUGUGAUGUAAAAUAAAAGGUGUUUUAUUUGUGGUAUUGUUAAAUUUCAAUUAUGUUGACGUUAUAAGUGCUUAUGGUAUAAUUGGAAGUAUUGUUUUUGAAUCAUUCUUGUAUAUAAUGAUUUUUUUAAUUGUAAAUAUUUAUUUAUGUGCAUUUACACAUAGAUAUGCGUAUACACACACAGACACACACACAGAGACACACACGUACACAUUACACCCAUGUAAACACUCGCAUAUGUAUAUAUAAUUAAAAAGAUAUUUUUAGCGAGAUUUUUAAAACGGAUUAAUAAGUUAAUGUUACACUAAAAAUAAUUUAAUGCUAUUAAAAAA